AUGGCAGAUGAGACAAUUCAUUCAAUAAUGGUACAACACAAUGGAAGAUGGGACGCAUCAGGUAGAUACGUAAAUUUUGAAGUUGAAGGAAUAUUAUACGAUUCCAAAUCAAAGUUUAGUGGUUUGGUCACAGUGAUUGCUGCUCAACUAGGAAUAGAUACAACAAUUCAAGGAUUGGAGAUUAAAUACAUUAUCACAAAAAAGGAAAACAAAAACUUCUUCAGUAAGUAUCCUUUAUGUAUUACAUUGAGGGAUGUAGCUUUGGAUUUAAUUGAAAUCCAAGACGAUGGAGGCAGCAGUUCAAAUUCUAUACAAUCCGUACCUUCAUACAAUGGAAAAACUGAUCAGUUGAAUGCCAUAGUUCCCAGUGUUGAUUUUGAGGCUAUUUAUAAGGACAAGGAAACAAUUGUUGCGGUUAUGAAGAACUAUGCCUUUUCGAAACAAUUCCAAUUUCUGGUUAGAAGAUCUAGUUCUAAAAGCUAUUGUCUUGAGUGUCCUGCGGACGAUUGCUCUUGGAGUUUUAAAUCGUCAAGUUUGAAUGAUUCAGAGCUUUUCAAAAUUAGAUCAUUUUGUGAACAACAUUCAUGCUCAUUAAAGGAUAGGAUUUAUUCAAGACGUCAAGCAACUACAGCGGUUGUUGGAAUUAUGAUAAUGGAUAAGUAUGAAGAUCCAAAAAGAGUAUACACACCAAAGGAUAUAGCAUUAGAUAUGAGGAAACAGCAUGGUUUAACAAUGACUUACAUGCAAGCUUAUAGAGCCAAGGAAAAGGCAUUAAACAUGUUGCGAGGGGAUCCAACUGAAUCAUACAAUAAGUUACCGAGCUACUUUUACAUCCUGGAAAAGACAUAUCCGGGCUCAGUUAUUAGUUUGGAAAAAACAGCAGAAGACCGUUUCUUGUAUGCAUUUGUAGCAUUGGAACCUUGUAUUAGAGGAUGGGAGUAUUGUAGGCCUAUAGUAGUUGUUGACGGCACCCAUCUAAAAUCAACUUACGAAGGAACUAUGCUAAUAGCAAGCACACUAGAUCCUGGAGGUAGUAUACUGCCAUUAGCAUAUGCAAUAGUGGAUUCAGAGAAUGAUGCAUCUUGGACAUGGUUCUUUGAGAGAUUUAGGAUAGCUUUUGGUGAAAGGGAGAAUAUGUGCAUUGUAUCAGAUAGACAUGAUAGUAUAUGGAAAGCUUUUGCAUUAGUAUAUCCCGGGCUGACUCAUUAUGCAUGUAUUUGGCAUUUGUGGAAUAAUUUACUUAAGAAAUGCAGGGGAAAUAAAGAACAGGUCAGGAAACUAUACUUUGCAUUAGCUAAGGCAUACACUCUUCAAGAAUUUAGUGAACUCAUGGGAAGGCUGGACACAAUAGAUAAGAAGUUGGGUGUAUACUUAUUUGAUAGUGGGUAUCAUAAAUGGUCUCGGGUACAUGCAACAGUGAAGAGAACUUGGACGUUGACUUCAAACAUUGCUGAAUCUAUAAACAGCAGCAUUACCAAAGCUAGAGAAUUUCCAGUCUGUAAGUUAAUGGAUUACAUGAGACAAUUGAUUGAAACUUGGAAUGAAAAACACAGUGAAGAAGGGAGAAAUACAUUCACUGAUCUUACUAAUGAGUACAAUAAAGCUUAUGAGGAUAACAAGGAAUUAUCACACCGUAUGACUGUAAGGGCUUCCACUGAAUUCCUACAUACAGUGACAGAUGGUAUGAAGAGAUUUAGUGUGUGUCUUCGAAGUAAGAUUUGUAGUUGUGGAAGGUUUCAACUUGAUGAGAUAUCAUGUGGACAUGCUUUGGCUGCUAUAAUGUAUAGGCACCAACAUGGAGAGGACUACUGCUCUGCCUACUACAGCAAUAAAAAUUUCAAAGAUACAUAUGCCAUACCAGUGGAACCUCUUCCAUGCGAGAGUACAUGGGAGAUACCAUUUGAUGUGUUGGAACAAAUUGUUUUACCACCAGAUUCUAAAAGACCUCCAGGGAGACCAUCGUUGAAGAGAAUGAAACAAUUUUAUGAGGUGAAAUUUAAGAGGGCAAAGAUGACAUGUAGCAAGUGUGGCAUAGAGGGGCACAACAAGAAGACAUGUAGCAAUUUGCCCAAAUGA